CAGGGAGAGGUGGUGGGUGAAAGCAAAAUAGGGAAUGGGACAAGGGAAUGAUGAAGACGAUGCCAACCAAUAUACUUUUUCUGAGGGCGUGCCUUCAACUUCAUCAUCAAGCAAACUAAUGAAAAAGGAAGCAGAUAACAGUCAACUUCCAUGGGAUGUGCUUGAUAUCAUUUACAAGAAACUAGAUUUUGAUGACCUCUUUCGAUUUGCUGGAGUGUGCAAGAACUGGAGGACAUUUCAUAAAGUUCACUGGAGAAAUCUCAUGGUGUCUCAAGCACCGUUACUUGUUCUAAAAUCUUCAUUUGCUAAGAAAGAUUAUUUUUUCGUUAGCAUAUCUGAACAAAAAGUUUAUCGCUCGAAGCUAGAUUACUUCUGGGGGUUAUCCUAUUCGGGGAUAUCCAGUGGUUAUUUAAUUAUGGCGGGUGCUAAUAAACUUCUGCUAAUGAAUCCUUUUACAGGAAGAAAGAAGGUAAUCAGUACGUUGGCCAUUCAAGGUAAUUUACAUUAUAAGUGUAUCAAGCCCUUACUUGCUUUUGCCAAAGGUUCUGAAGAAUUUAUCAUAGUGGUUUUGUGUAAAAAGUUUUACAGUUUGCAUAUCUAUCAAUCUCGACAUUCUUGUUGGGUUACUUAUUCAACAAGGGGAAAUCCAUGGAAGGUUGUGGACUUUGUGGUUUUGAAUAAUACUCUGUAUGCUCUCAUUGAGGAGGGCAAGAUAGGGGUAUUGAGCCUGAACUCUGCCAGUUUGAGAUUUCUAGAACUGAAGAAUACUCCAAGUGUAAAUUCCACACGUCUUAAGUUGGUUAGUAGUGAUGGGCAGCUUUUAGUGGUUCAUUUUGAAAACACGAGGAGGUUGGGUAGAAAAAUGGAUAUGUACAAGAUAGACUUGUAUACCAUGGAAUGGACCAGUUUGGACACUUUGGGUGACCUUGCAUUGUUUUAUUCUGAAGAUACAAACUGCUAUGCACUGAGCAACCCACGUAGGUGGGGUUAUGAAAGCAACUCUCUCUAUUACAUUUCAGCUCCAUUACAGACAUGCAUUGUAUAUUCAGGGAAUAAUAGACUGAGAAAAUUCAUUGGACCUAGUGGACUUAAACCUCCUCCUAGAUCAAGAUUCUACUGGUUGGAUUGGUGUUUUCCACAUCUACAUGAUGAGGUUGAUUAUUCUUUGAUCCAGUAA